AUGAACCGAAUAUUCUUGUUGACACUGGCCAUGCUUGCUGUCAGUGUCACAGCGGGGAAUGUUGGAGCUUGUCGUUCGGAGUGUGUCGAGUUGAACAAAUUCAAAAUCGUGCGCGUGCAUCUUAAAAGCGAAUGGGUGAUGGCGGGAGUGUGCCGAAAUACGACACAAACAACUGGAGCGAAUAAGGCAACCGUCUUCCCGUUCAUUUGCAAUCGAAAUGUUGGCGCGUGGCUGCCCGAUGAGAAUGACGACGAGGGUAUCGUGAACUUCCCGGUGAAAUGCCCGGCAAAUCAGCCGGUCGAUUCCCUCCUUUUGGCCACGUGUCCCCGAGGCGAGAACUCUUUC